AGUCUUUGGUGAACUAACUCUUGCUUUUUCAUUCGUAGUUAUGGAACCGGUUCCCGAAUCCGUACCGUCGCCGAACUCGAAUACGUCGUCUAUACCACCGCCGGUGAACUCCGUGCCGCCUUUCUUGAGCAAAACCUACGACAUGGUUGAUGAUCCGUUGACCAAUGAGGUUGUGUCUUGGAGCAGCGGGAACAACAGCUUCGUCGUCUGGAGUGUCCCGGAGUUCUCGAAGGUGCUCUUACCCAAGUAUUUCAAGCACAACAAUUUCUCCAGCUUCGUCAGACAGUUAAAUACUUAUGGUUUCAGAAAAGUUGAUCCAGAUCGAUGGGAAUUUGCAAAUGAGGGAUUUCUUAGAGGCCAAAAACAACUACUGAAGAAUAUUGUUAGGAGAAAACCUUCACAUGUGCAGCAGAAUCAGCAACAAACUCAAGUUCAGAGCUCAUCUGUUGGUGCUUGUGUCGAGGUGGGGAAGUUUGGAAUAGAAGAAGAAGUGGAAAGACUUAAGCGGGAUAAGAAUGUUCUUAUGCAAGAACUCGUCAGGUUAAGGCAGCAACAGCAAGCUACCGAAAACCAACUGCAGAAUGUGGGACAGAAAGUUCAGGUGAUGGAGCAGAGGCAACAACAAAUGAUGUCGUUUUUAGCAAAGGCUGUUCAAAGUCCAGGGUUCUUAAACCAGUUAGUACAACAGAAUAAUGAUGGCAACAGACAAAUUCCAGGAAGCAACAAAAAGAGGAGACUUCCUGUAGAUGAACAGGAGAAUUGUGGGGACCAUGUGGCUAAUGGUCUUAACCGUCAGAUUGUUAGAUAUCAGCCGUCGAUAAACGAAGCAGCCCAAACUAUGCUUCGACAGUUCUUAAAUACUAGUACCUCACCUCGGUAUGAAUCAGUUUCAAACAAUCCUGACAGUUUCCUAUUGGGUGAUGUUCCCAGUUCUAACUCUGUAGACAAUGGGAACCUUUCAAAUAGAGUUUCUGGAGUAACAUUGGACGAGGUUUCACCCAACGCAGCUCACUCGGCAACGAAUCAAGUAAACGAAGCAGGUUUGGCUCAGCAUCCUCAAGCUAGUUUGGUUCAUCCAAAUUUAGGUCCAAGUCCGUCUCAAGGAGUAGCACCUGCAGCCUCUUGGAGCCCUGAAUCUGAUUUAGUUGGAUGUGAGACGAGUAAUGGAGAGUGUUUCGAUCCAAUAAUGGCUGUUUUAGAUGCAAUUUCUCCUGAAGGCGAGGGUGAGAUGGAUGAGUUACUGGAUGGAGUCCCUAAGCUGCCCGGAGUCCAAGAUCCAUUCUGGGUACAGUUCUUUUCUGAUGAAAGCCCAGCGAUGGCAGAUACAGACGAGAUUCUAUCAGGAUCAGUGGAGAAUAAUGACAUGGUAAUGGAACAAGAACCAAACGAGUGGACCCGGAAUCAACAACAAAUGAAUUAUCUUACUGAACAAAUGGGACUUCUUUCCUCAGAAGCACAGAGGAAAUAAAGGGGAAGUUGUGAAAGGAGAUAUGAAGGAAGGAGGAAUAUAUGGUGUUUAUACCC